GACGCUGAGUCGCUGACAUAUAUUUAGUUGUUAUUUACGCACACAGCAUUAGGGUUUUAUAGGAGUUUACACACCCCAUCAUAUCUAUCCGCACGCAAUCGACAUAGCUAGACCGGCCAUCUCCGCUCGCAAUCUCUGUAUAUCUCUCCUCUCUCCUCGAGCUUUUCGCCGAACUUUUCGCUCUUCGCCUCUGCCCUCUCAGGCGGCAAUGACAGAUCCCGAGAAGAAGGAAAAAACGGACAUGCAGCCAACUGUAUCGACAGUAGAAGACCCUGAGAAGAAGAAAAAGAAAGAAGAGAAGGCUAAAGAAAAAGAACUGAAGAAACUAAAGGCCGCACAAAAAGCUGAAGCAGCAAAAAUGAAGGCUCAACAAGGUACCAAAGGUAGUAAAAAGAAGAACACAAAAAGGGAGGCAGCAGAAGAAAAUGCCACAGACUAUAUUGACCCACAUACUCCUUCCGGUGAGAAGAAACAACUCUCUUCGCAAAUGGCAAAGCAGUAUAAUCCUGUUGCUGUAGAGAAUUCGUGGUAUCAAUGGUGGGAAAAAUCAAACUUUUUUGUGGCAGAUUCUAGCAGUUCCAAGCCUCCAUUCGUGAUUGUUCUACCACCUCCUAAUGUAACUGGGGCGCUGCAUAUAGGUCAUGCACUCACCGCUGCCAUCCAGGAUACAAUAAUACGCUGGCGGAGAAUGUCAGGAUACAAUACCUUGUGGGUGCCAGGGAUGGAUCAUGCUGGUAUAGCAACACAGGUGGUUGUGGAAAAGAAGAUCAUGAGGGAAAAACAAUUAACUCGACAUGAUUUGGGGCGGGAAAACUUUGUAUCGGAAGUAUGGAAUUGGAAAAACCAGCACGGGGGAACUAUCUUGAAACAAUUACGCCGCCUCGGUGCUUCUCUUGACUGGUCUCGUGAGUGCUUUACAAUGGAUGAGAAAAGGUCAAGGGCUGUGACAGAAGCUUUUGUUAGGCUUCAUGAGGAAGGUCUUAUUUAUAGGGAUCUGCGACUAGUAAAUUGGGAUUGUGUCCUGCGAACAGCAAUUUCCGAUAUUGAGGUAGAGUAUCUUGAUAUCAAAGAGCGCACAUUGUUAAAGGUCCCUGGAUAUAAAAAACUCGUGGAGUUUGGUGUUUUGACAUCAUUUGCCUAUCCUCUGGAAGGAGGUCUUGGUGAGAUUGUUGUGGCCACUACUAGAGUUGAAACAAUGCUAGGUGAUACUGCUAUAGCUGUACAUCCUGAAGACCCACGGUACAAGCAUCUUCAUGGGAAAUUUGCCAUUCAUCCGUUCAAUGACAGAAAACUUCGUAUAGUAUGUGAUGCUAUACUUGUUGAUCCGAAGUUUGGAACUGGUGCUGUUAAGAUAACUCCUGCACACGAUCCAAAUGAUUUUGAGGUUGGGAAGCGACAUAAUCUUGAGUUCAUUAACAUAUUCACUGAUGAUGGUAUGAUCAAUAGCAAUGGUGGCUCAGCCUUUAUAGGGAUGCCGCGCUUUGAAGCUCGUGAGGCACUGACUAAAGCUUUAGAAGAGAAGGGACUUUAUAGAGGUGCUAAGAAUAAUGAGAUGCGUCUCGGUAUUUGUUCGAGAACAAACGAUAUCAUAGAGCCUUUGAUAAAGCCGCAGUGGUAUGUCAACUGCAAAGAUAUGGCCAAGGAAGCUUUGGACGCUGUUAUGUGCGAGGAAAGGAAAAUUGAGAUCAUUCCAUGUCAGUAUGCUGCAGAAUGGAGAAGAUGGCUUGAGAACAUUCGUGAUUGGUGCAUUUCAAGGCAGCUUUGGUGGGGUCAUCGUAUUCCUGCAUGGUAUGCUUCCCUGGAGGAUGAUCAACUGACAGAAGUUGGAGCAUACUCUGAUCAUUGGGUGGUGGCCAGAAAUGAAGAAGAAGCUCAUAUACGGGCAAAGCAGUUAUUUGCUGGGAAAAAGUUUCAGUUGUCUCAAGACCCUGAUGUUCUAGAUACCUGGUUUUCUUCGGGCCUAUUCCCUUUAUCUGUAUUAGGGUGGCCAGAUGAGACUGAAGAUUUUAGGGCUUUUUAUCCUACUGCUGUCCUCGAAACCGGACACGACAUACUAUUUUUCUGGGUUGCUCGUAUGGUGAUGUUAGGAAGUAAAUUAGGAGGUGAUGUACCUUUCCGAAAGGUUUAUUUGCAUCCGAUGAUUCGUGAUGCACAUGGCCGUAAGAUGUCCAAAUCACUUGGAAAUGUUAUUGAUCCCCUUGAAGUAAUUACUGGAAUAUCCUUGGACGGGCUUCACAAGAGACUUGAAGAGGGUAAUUUGGAUCUCUCAGAACUGCAAGUUGCCAAAGAGGGACAACGGAAGGACUUCCCUGAUGGUAUUCCAGAAUGUGGAGCGGAUGCCCUACGCUUUGCCCUUGUGUCUUACACAGCCCAGUCUGAUAAGAUUAACUUGGACAUACAAAGAGUUGUUGGGUAUCGCCAAUGGUGCAACAAGUUGUGGAAUGCUGUGAGGUUUGCAAUGAGUAAGCUUGGAGAUGAUUAUAUCCCUCCCUCGAACUUUGUGUAUGAAGGCUUGCCAUUUAGCUGCCAAUGGAUACUAUCAGUGUUGAAUAAAGCCAUUGCCAAGACUGUAAAAUCUCUCGAUUCAUACGAGUUUUCUGAUGCAGCCACUGCAGUGUUUUCGUGGUGGCAGUUCCAGCUGUGUGAUAUUUUUAUUGAAGUUAUAAAACCCUAUUUUUAUAGUAAUGAUCCAACGUUAAUAUCGGCGAGGACGUCUGCACAAGACACCUUGUGGUUGUGUCUAGAUAAUGGUUUGCGUUUGCUCCAUCCAUUUAUGCCUUUUGUCACUGAAGAAUUAUGGCAGAGACUUCCUUCACCCAGGGACUCUGCAAGGAAAGAAUCAAUCAUGAUAUGUGAAUAUCCAACAGUCAUAGAGCACUGGACAAAUGAGAAAGUGGAAAAUGAGAUGAAUUUGGUUGAAUCAGUUGUGAAAUCAUAUAGGUCACUCAGGGCAGAAUUGCCUGCAAAUGAAAGAAAUGAAAGGCGAUCAGCUUUUGCCCAUUGCCAAACAGAUGAAGUUGCGGAGACGAUUAAGGUCCAUGAAUCAGAGAUUUCAACUCUAGCUGCUCUUUCAUCUUUGCAGGUGCUGCGCCAGAAUGAUGAUCCUCCAGCCGGGUGUUCAGUAUCUAUAGUAAACGAAAACCUUUCUGUCUACUUAAAGCUUCAAGGAAAUAUUAAUGUCGAAGCUGAACUUGAGAAGCUAAAGAAAAAGAUGGAGGAGAUACAGAAGCAAUGUGAUAACCUGAACAAAAUGAUGGGCGCUUCCGGCUACCAGCAAAACGCUCCAAGACAUGUCCGUGAAGAGGAUCAGGCCAGGCUUGAAAUGCUCAUGCAACAACUUUCUCUUUGUGAAGAUGCCACCCAGCGAUUAGGAAAGGCAACUGAUGCAUCAGAAAAUGGUGGAAAUGGUAACUAGUAAUUGUUUGAGCAUGCAUAUUGCUUUGUCAUUGGCAGUGUAAUAUCAGCAAAUCCCUUAAGAGGCAAGUCUCUGGAAACUAUACAUAUAUUAUUAUCCUGACAUUGUUUUGAUUGUGUUUAGCUGUGAUUAGGGAAUUGAUCUUCUGUGACUUCCUGUUUCGGAAACCAGUAUUUUAUUAUAAUUCAUACUAUAUCCUGUCAAUUGAUUGGGUACUCAA